AUGGUGAACACCACGCCAGAACAUAUUCUUGACAUCGAAGAUGCUCUCGUCUGUAAUGCUCUCGCUUCAGACGAGAACCGAGAGCACGGUGAAAAUACACUCGACUUUCAACGGUGCGUCAGAUUGCACUACUACCUGGUCGCAUAUGCCUACAUGGGAACAAACACGCCCGAUCUCGAAGCCCUAGCCAGCAAGUCAUGGUUCUUCAACCAAUAUGAGAAUAUCGACGCCAUUCGCUCUCGCCUUGAUCCGCCGACGAGGACGGAGCUAGGCGGACAUGGUGUUUUUCAUCCGUUUGGUGGGGAGCAACGGGCACAGAUAUUGGAGAGGCCUUUUGAUCGAUGGACUGAAUCGAUCGAAAGUGAGAUGUGGACAGUGGGUGAAAAUGGCGUUGAGGGAGGGAUCGACUUUUUCCAGGAUGCAGAUCAUGCCUGGGAGGAUUACUGGAUUCCUCCAUCCUGGUGA